CGCAGUAUCCACAAUCGAGAGGAAGGGAAGAUGGUGUCGCUGAAGCUACAGAAGCGGCUCGCCGCCAGCGUGCUCAAGUGCGGCAGAGGCAAGGUCUGGCUCGACCCAAAUGAAGUCAACGAGAUCUCCAUGGCCAACUCUCGACAAAACAUAAGAAAAUUGGUGAAGGAUGGUUUCAUCAUCAGGAAGCCAACCAAGAUUCACUCAAGGUCUCGUGCACGUCGGAUGAAGGAGGCCAAGAGGAAGGGCCGUCAUUCUGGAUAUGGUAAGCGUAAGGGUACUAGAGAGGCCAGGUUGCCCACUAAAGUGCUAUGGAUGAGGAGAAUGAGAGUUCUCAGGCGCUUACUUCGCAAGUACCGGGAGUCUAAGAAGAUUGACAAACACAUGUAUCAUGACAUGUACAUGAAGGUUAAGGGUAAUGUUUUCAAAAACAAACGUGUCCUGAUGGAGAGCAUUCACAAGUCUAAGGCCGAAAAGGCCAGAGAGAAGACCUUGUCUGACCAGUUUGAGGCUAAGAGGGCCAAGAACAAGGCAAGCAGAGAAAGAAAGAUUGCUAGGCGAGAGGAACGUUUGGCUAAGGGCCCAGCAGAGAGGGAAGCUCCAGCACCAGUGCCUCAAACUCAGCCAGCUCAGGGAUCUAAGAAAUCAAAGAAGUGAAGCCCUGGUCUUUGAUUCCAAGGACUUGGUGAAUCUUUCCCAGUUUUAUGUCUUUAGAAUGGCAGUUAAAGUUUUUUUACUUCAGUUUUUGGUGUUCUGUUUUGAUGAGACAAUGUAACCUAUAUGACAA